GGGAAGUUCUCAAGUAGUUUACCUCGCGUUUAGCAGAGCGGUGUCGGCACUGUCGGCAAGAUGGUGAAGCCCAAGUAUAAAGGACGGAGCACCAUCAAUCGCUCGGCGGCCAGCACCAACCCAGAUCGAGUACAGGGAGCUGGAGGCCAAAACAUGAGGGACCGGGGCACAAUUCGGCGCCUGAAUAUGUACAGGCAAAAAGAGCGCAGGAACAGUCGUGGUAAAGUGAUUAAGCCACUGCAGUAUCAGUCAACUGUGGCUCCUGGCACAGUGGCACGAGUGGAGCCGAAUAUUAAAUGGUUUGGAAAUACUCGUGUGAUCAAGCAGGCAUCAUUACAAAAAUUUCAAGAGGAAAUGGAUAAAGUUAUGAAGGAUCCAUACAAAGUUGUGAUGAAACAAAGCAAAUUACCGAUGUCUCUUCUGCACGAUCGAGUCCAGCCUCAUAACGCAAAGGUCCACAUUCUUGAUACUGAAAGUUUUGAAAGUACAUUUGGCCCAAAGUCACAGAGAAAGCGGCCAAACUUGUUUGCAAGUGAUAUGCAGUCCCUUCUAGAAAACGCUGAAAUGUCUACUGAGAGCUAUGACCAGGGAAAGGACCGUGAUUUGGUGACAGAGGACACAGGUGUAAGAAAUGAAGCUCAAGAAGAGAUAUAUAAAAAGGGGCAGUCAAAAAGAAUAUGGGGAGAACUCUACAAGGUGAUAGACUCAUCAGAUGUUGUAGUCCAAGUUCUUGACGCUAGAGACCCAAUGGGCACUCGUUCCUCUCACAUCGAAGCUUACUUGAAGAAGGAAAAGCCCUGGAAGCACCUCAUUUUUGUACUCAAUAAGUGUGACCUUGUUCCCACUUGGGCAACAAAACGAUGGGUUGCUGUGCUCUCCAAGGACUACCCAACACUGGCUUUCCAUGCGAGUCUCACUAAUCCCUUUGGGAAAGGAGCAUUCAUUCAGCUUCUGCGGCAGUUUGGGAAGUUGCACACAGACAAGAAACAAAUCAGUGUUGGGUUCAUUGGCUAUCCAAAUGUAGGCAAGAGCUCUGUGAUAAAUACAUUACGAUCCAAGAAAGUUUGCAACGUGGCCCCAAUUGCAGGAGAAACAAAGGUCUGGCAAUAUAUUACCUUGAUGCGCCGUAUAUUCCUGAUCGACUGCCCUGGUGUGGUUUACCCAUCUGAGGACUCAGAGACCGACAUUGUUCUCAAAGGAGUGGUUCAAGUUGAAAAAAUUAAAGCUCCUCAAGACCACAUUGGUGCUGUCCUUGAACGAGCAAAGCCAGAAUAUAUCAGCAAGACAUACAAGAUUGAGUCCUGGGAGAAUGCUGAAGACUUUCUCGAGAAACUAGCUCUCCGCACCGGGAAGUUACUGAAGGGUGGAGAGCCUGACUUGCUGACCGUGAGCAAGAUGGUGCUCAAUGACUGGCAGAGAGGCCGGAUCCCUUUCUUUGUCAAGCCUCCCAACGCAGAGAUGCCGACCACUCCCCAGCUCCCACCCUCCUCACCAUUGGAAGUUACCACAGAAACAACGCAGAACAACCCAGAAGAGGAGACCAUAGAAACAGAAGUCGAAAGGUCAGACUCUGUCAUUGAAAAGGAGCCAGAAGCAGGCUGUUCCCAGGAUGAAAACUCAGAGAUGCAACAGAUCCUCGCACGGGUUCGCCAGAACUUUGGUAAAAUCAAUGUAGGGCCUCAGUUCUCUGCGGACGACCUGGUGCCCGUGGACGACCUGGUGCCCGUGGACUUGUCAGACCUGGAAGAUCUGGAAAGCUCUGAGGAGGAGGAGGAGCAGGAGCAGGAGCAGCCAGGAGAGGAUGCUGAGGAAGAGUGUUCCCGAGACACGCGGGGAGGGCCCGUGGAAGAUGACACCAAAGCUGUGAUCAGAGCCCUAGAUGAGAAGAUUGCCAAGUACCAGAGGUUUCUAAAUAAAGCCAAAGCUAAAAAGUUCUCUGCCAUCAGAAUAUCCAAAGACUUAAGUGAAAAGGUUUUUGCUAAGUAUGAAGAAGAGAAGAAAGCGUCUGCAGAAGUCAGUGAUGCAGCACCCACCAAAAGGGCAAGGAAGUGGAAUGCACAGGUGGAAGAAGAGCCUUCAGAUAAGACUCAGAGGAUGCUGACGUGUAAGGAACGGAGGAGAGCAGCUCGGCAGCAACAAUCCAAAAAAGUCGGUGUGCGCUACUAUGAAACACACAACGUGAAAAACAGAAACAGGAACAAAAAGAAGACGAAUGACUCAGAGGGACAGAAACACAGACAUAAGAAGUUCAGACAGAAGCAGUAACAGCUAGAAAGCUGUUUAUUAAAUUAUACAAAAAUA